CCCGCCCCCUCCUCCACCUCCGCCUCCCACCUCCCCCGUCGCGCCGGCGACCCCGGCCUCCUCUCCUCCGCGAUGUAUCCUUUGGAAAUGGAGGGCAACUCGAACCCAAAGACGACCAACAAGCCCAAGUAUUCCAAGUUCACACAGCAGGAGCUUCCAGCAUGCAAGCCACUACUCACACCUGAAAUCGUCAUUGCCGCCUUCGCGCUCAUUGGCGCCCUGUUUGUUCCCAUCGGGCUUGCGUCGCUGCAUGCAUCACGGCAGGUUGUCGAACUGGUGCAUAGAUAUGAUGCAAGUUGUGUGCCCGUGGAUGACAAGGUUGGGUUCAUCCAGAACUCCAGGACUGACAAAACAUGCACAGUAACAAUGACUGUGCCAAAAUACAUGAAGAGCCCAAUCCAUGUCUAUUACCUGAUCGACGGCUUCUAUCAAAACCAUCGAAGGUAUGUGAGAAGUCGAAGUGACAAACAACUGCGGGAUAAGAGUGCUGCACAUUUGACAUCAGAUUGUGUGCCUGAAGGUGAGACCGCUGAUCAUGCUCCAAUUGUUCCAUGUGGCCUUGUUGCUUGGAGUUUGUUCAACGACACAUAUACAGUCCGGGUCAAUGGAGUGGUUACUCAAGUGAAUAAAAAGGACAUAGCUUGGAAGAGUGACAAGAACAAUAAAUUCGGCAAGAAUAUCUAUCCCAGUAACUUUCAGAAGGGAAGGCUUAUAGGUGGUGCUACGCUAAAUGAGAGCAUACCAUUAAGUGAGCAAGAAGAUCUCAUUGUUUGGAUGAGAACUGCUGCCCUCCCAACUUUCAGGAAGCUGUAUGGCAGAAUUGAGAAAGAUAUCAAUGCAAAUGAUAAUGUAACAGUGGUUAUACAGAACAACUAUAACACAUAUAGUUUUGGAGGAUCAAAAGCGUUGGUCCUUUCUACUGCAUCUUGGAUUGGAGGGAAAAACAACUUCAUUGGCAUGGCAUAUCUGACUAUUGGUGGUUUGUGCCUUUCCCUUGCUAUGGGCUUCUUAGUUCUCUACAUGGUUAAACGGAGGAACUUUGCAGACCCCUCGAACCUGUCAUGGAAUAGAUGAAUAGAGUUAACUAUUAGACUGGAGUAUCCUGUCUGAGAAUAAAAGAUCAUUCAAUGGGUGAAUUCUUCCAAUUGGAUCUAUGGGUGUCUGUUCUUAUUCCCAUUCACUGGGCUUGUCAUGGCUCACAGGCAUGAGGAUCUUGUUGACUUUGGAGCCCUAAUAGCAUCAUACAUACAUGAACAGAAUGUAUUGUGAUCAGUUGACUUAAACGUUAUCUGACCUUAUCUGACCAUAACGAGAGUCGUUUCUGAAUGCUUAUUAUGAAUUAUAAACCAACUAAUUGUGCUUAUGGUAGCAGAUACUUAUA